AUGAAGGUUGCAUUCGCCACUGCUCUCCUGGCCGGCCUCGCCGUUGCCGCUCCCUCCCAGAUGCAGGCCCGUGACGAGAAGGCCGUUGAGAAGCGUCUUGGUCCAUUCGGCCUUGCUGUCGCUGGUGGUAUCGUCUCUGGUAUCGUCGGUGCCACUGCCAAGAAGUUCCUCGACGGUGGCUCCAAGAAGCGUUCUGCUCAGACUUUCCAGGAGUUUGAGGGUGGCUUCGCUUUGAACGUUGCCAACAUCAUCUCCGCUGAGGCCGACGCGGAUGAGGCUUCUGUCUGCAUCAAGACCGGUGGCUACAACCUCACCGACGAUGUCAAGGUCCGUGCUCUUGCUACUGUUGAGUUGACCUCGUCCGAGAACGACGUCUCCGACUUCGACUGCUUCUUCGCCUCUGGCAACGGCAACGUCACCGUCAACCUCCCUGACCUCCUCUCGAACUUCGCCAUCAAGGCCGGUCCAUUCAGCUUCGAGAACGGUGUCCUCAGCCUUUCUUCUUAA